UUUGGUCCCAUUCCCCGUCUCUCCUGUAGGCUGUACCUUUUACUUCAAAGGUUUCCUUCCCUCCUAGCUCGCCAUGGCUUCUAUAUCCAGCAUUCUGUGCCUCCUGCUACUGCUUGGGACAGUGGCCUGCUCCACCGCGGUGCGGCUCCCUGACUUUCUGAAGCUGCCGAGCCAGGUCAAGCCAGAGGAGGUCCAGGAGGAGGGGACGCACUGGGCUCUGCUUAUUGCAGGGUCCUCCGGUUAUGGGAACUACCGCCAUCAGGCGGAUGUGUGCCAUGCCUAUCAGGUGCUCAAGAGGGGCGGCCUGAAGGACGAGAACAUCGUUGUCUUCAUGUUCGAUGACAUUGCACACAACCCGGAGAACCCGCGUCCGGGGCAGAUUAUCAACAGGCCCGACGGUCCAGAUGUGUACGAAGGGGUGCCCAAGGACUACACUGGGUACGCCGUGAAUGCGCACAAUUUCCUGGCUGUGCUUGCGGGGAACAAGACGGCGGUGAAUGGCGGCAGCGGCAAAGUGAUCGACAGCGGGCCCAAUGACCGGGUGUUCGUCUAUUACUCCGAUCAUGGAGGUCCAGGAGUUCUUGGCAUGCCGACCCUCCCCUUCCUGUACGCCAACGACCUGGUCGCCACGCUCAAGGCCGCCGCCGCCGCAGACCGCUUCAAAGAGAUGGUCGUCUACAUCGAGGCAUGCGAGAGCGGGAGCGUCUUCGAGGGGCUCCUCCCGGCCAAUAUCAAGAUUUACGGAACCACCGCCGCUAAUGCGUGGGAGAGCAGCUGGGGCACCUACUGCCCGGGGAUGUCUCCGGCCCCACCGGUGGAGUUCGAGACGUGCCUCGGGGACCUGUACAGCGUCGCAUGGCUGGAGGACAGCGAGGUGCACAACCUGAACAAGGAGACGCUCGAGGACCAGUACAAGAUGGUGCGCGACCGGACGUCCGUGUAUGGGACCUUCCAGGCUGGCAGCCACGUGAUGCAGUACGGCGAGCUGGCAAUCGACGAGGAGGACGUGGCGGAGUACAUCGGGAGCGACCCCGCCAACGACAAGGCCUCGCGCCUAGUUGGCGCCGCGCAGGGGAGCGUGCUGCAGCGCGACGCGGACCUGCUGCACCUCUGGCACAAGUACUCGAACGCCCCCGCAGGCUCGCAGCGCAAGGCGGAUGCCCUCGAGGAGUUCAGCAGGCAGACCAGCACGCGCGCGCACGUCGACAAAUCGGUCACUGCGAUCGGGAUGAUUCUUUUCGGCAACCAGGACGAGCAUACCGCUGUGAGGCCCGCAGGGUACCCGCUGGUGGACGACUGGGACUGCCUCAAGGACCUGGUUCGGACAUACGAAUCGCGCUGCGGGCUGCUUACGGAGUACGGGAUGAAGCACAUGCGCUCGUUUGCCAACAUGUGCAACGCGGGCUUCACGAACGCCGACGUGGACGCCGCAGCCGUGCAAGCGUGCGCGCAUACUCCGCUGCGCGCGCAUGCGCGUCCCUUUGCAACAUUCAGCGCGUAGGCGAUAUAGGUGCUGGUCGGGGGGUGAUGUAUAGACUACGCAUCGGCGCGGAUACUUUGUGAUGUCGCUGUAAAUAGUUGGAAUGAUUACAUAGCAUUUGCAACUCUAAUUUGAAUAGGUUGUUCACAAGUAUGUGCAGUUCCUGUUUACAAGGUAACAUAGUGGAUAAUUGAUAGACGUGCUGCAACUAAGCAAGAUACAAUUGGGAGACGUUCAGACAGCGACACUUCUUUUGUGCUUCUCAAGCGUACAUCUGAAGACGACUUGAAAUCGUAAGGUAGGAACCUUUUCUUCUGAGACGGAGAUGCGGGUAGAUUGACCAUACCGAAUUUUCGAGAAACUUUUUAAACUGCAUGUCAC